UCAAGCAACCGAUGUAAAAAUAAUUCCAUUAGUAUUCAACUGACGAUUGUAGACGUAUUUAAAAACCAUUUGGUCGGUCCAAAGAAACCGUUCAUUAUAAAUACAUACGAAGGAUGUGCAAUGGAAGCAUGAACCGCAUGCAAAACUUGUCUAGAACAUCUAAUUUUUUACUGUUAAGAUAAUUUAUUUUUCAAUGUAAGCAUUUACAGUAAGAAUUGGAAAGGGAAGUAUUGAUUUCAAAUUAUGAGAAGCCUUGUUAUUGAAAUCAGAUAACCUUGCUAACCAGCGAUAUAAAAAUCGAAGAAAGAUCACAACUAUAAUGAGCAACAUGUCGGAAAAUCUAUACAACUUAUCUACAAAUGGCACCUUUCCAAAUACAUCGUUGCCACUUGACUGUGAUGCCAAUAUGCCAAUCAUCUCACUACUACAUCAAAUCCUUUACACAAUCAUUUGUGUGGUUGGUCUACUGGGUAAUACUUUGGUCAUCUACGUGGUAUUACGCUUUUCCAAAAUGCAAACAGUUACGAAUAUCUACAUUCUUAACCUGGCCCUGGCUGACGAGUGCUUCUUGAUUGGCAUACCAUUUCUGGUUACAACCAUGAGUCUCAAGGUUUGGACAUUUGGUAAAAUCAUGUGUAAAGUUUACAUGACAACGACCAGCAUUAACCAGUUCACGAGUAGUAUAUUUCUAUUAAUUAUGAGCGCUGAUCGGUACAUUGCUGUAUGCCAUCCGAUUUCUUCCCCAAAGCUCCGCACACCAUUUAUUGCUAAAAUAGUGUCGAUUUCGGCAUGGACACUUAGCGCUAUUUUUAUGAUACCCAUUUACAUGUACGCAAACGAAAUGGAAACUCAAAAGGGCCAAAUGAGUUGUAACAUUUACUGGCCUGAUGAUCAGGGAGGACAGAAAACUUUUACUCUGUACAGUUUUGUCCUAGGUUUUGCAGCGCCCUUUACCCUUAUUUCAAUUUUUUAUUUUUUGGUUACCAGAAAAUUAAGGACAGUGGGCCCAAAAAACAAGUCAAAGGAGAAGAAAAAGUCUCAUCGCAAAGUUACGAAACUAGUGCUCACUGUCAUAGCUGUGUUCUUCAUUUGUUGGUCACCAUAUUGGUUUACUCAAAUGGCAUUGAUUUAUACGGAACCCAAUCAGUGCCAAUCUCGCAUAAGCAUUACCAUUUUUUUGUUAGCCGGUUUUCUCAGUUACUCCAAUAGUGCAAUGAAUCCAAUACUCUACGCUUUUCUCAGCGACAAUUUUAAAAAGAGUUUCCUCAAAGCGUGUACCUGUGCAGCAGGCAAGGACAUUAAUGCAACUUUACAUAUGGAAAACAGCGUAUUUCCACGCAAGAACAAGGCCAAUGUUGAACAGGCUCAAGUCAAUAAGCAAGUGGCAUCGGGGAACUCAAAGAAUGAUGGCGAAGAUGAAGAAAACGAGAGGGGACUCCUGAUCAGCAAGACGUCAACGACAACGGUGACAAUGACAUCGCGAUCUAAUAUUACUGUUACAAGUGAAGCGAAGGAUCACUCGAGUCAGCAAAAGGACAAGGAUGUGGUGAAAAAUGGCACCCAACUAACUCUGUUGACUCAAGUGUAGGAGUAGACUUCAACAUUUAGAGAUGUAUAAUGUACAAAGCUUUGAAAAGUGAAACAAUUUAUUCAAAAGGGAGCAAAAGUGAAGUGUAAAUUUGUACGAGUGACUCGAUGAAAAGAUAGUUGUAAAUUACAUUUUUUUAACGAUUUGUAUAUGCUUGGGAAAUCUAUUUAAGAAAAUUAACAUUGUUUUAGGAGUAUAGAACGAUAUUGAUCGGUGAUUGUACACACUUUAAAUUUUUAAGGAAGGGCAGAGACUGAGGAUUAGGGAUUAAAAUUCAUCAAAUACAAUAUUUUUUAUCACAUGAUCUUUUUCAUUGGCAUUCUUUUUCAUUUUAUCUAGAAACACUUUAGUUUCAUUCGAAAAAUCGCCAAAUGAAUUUUUUUUAUUCUUUCUUUAUCUGUCUUUCAUCACACAUAUUUAGCUCAUUCAACAGUUUGUAUAUUUAGAUUACUUUUUUUGUGUAAGCAAUAGAAAUUCAUCGUAAUAUGUGAAAGCUAAUUGAUUUAACAGGUUUGUCUAUUCAGUUUGUAUUCUGCAAUAAAGCGAUAAAAAAAGUCAUGUUAUUUUGCUCUCGCAUUUGUUGAUUGAAUAUACUAAAUACUCACUAAGUCUGUAAGUCAUGUAACUAAUCCAGCAAAGUUGAUGUAUUGUCGAUGAUCCAUGUGAAUAAAAAAAUAAAAAAAUACUAAAAAGAAUUUUUUUUCUCGAUUAAAAACACUAUCAUCUUAAAUGAUGAGUAUAUAUUUUGUAAAAAAAUGUGUUU